AUGGAUCGUGCCACGUGGAUGUACAAAUUACCGCGGGUUUCACAUGAGUAUGUUAGUGGGGUUAACGAAUUCAUUUCAUGUGCGGUUGAGAACAUAAAACAGAAGGGCACCGAACAGGGUAAAGAAGAAAUGAUCACAUGUCCCUGUCGUGAUUGUUAUAAUUUAAAAAAGUAUCCUGAUGCCGAGACAGUGCGUGGACAUUUAUUUCGGCGUGGCUUCAUGGAAAAUUAUACUAAGUGGAUCUGGCAUGGUGAAGGAAUACAAUCCAGAAGACCAGAGACAGUUAGUAGAACAUAUGAAAGUUAUGGAGAUAGUAUGGAUACUAAUAACGAAGAUGAUGUAGAAAACGACAAGGUCCAUGAGAUGAUCGAAGAUGUUGAAGAUCUUCUAAUGCACCAGCCGGAGGUUCUUGAACACUUGGUUGAUGACUCCAAGAAACUUCUGUAUCCCGGGUGCAGUGAUCAGUUUACGAGGUUGUCAACUACCCUUAAAUUGUGUAAGCUUAAAGUGAAGAAUGGGUGGAGUGACAAAAGUUUCACCGAAAUGCUAAAACUUCUGGCAGACAUUCUUCCUCCGAAGAACGAGCUUCCCACCUCCACCUAUGAGGCGAAGAAGAUAUUGUGUCCGAUGGGUAUGAAUGUGAAGAAGAUACAUGCAUGUCCAAAUGACUGUGUGUUGUUUCGCAAUGAGCACGAACAUCUACACGCCUGUCCAAAAUGCGGAGCAUCUAGGUUCAAGCGGGAGGGAAGUAGUUCUUCAACUAAUGACAAGAAGAGGCCUCCGGUCAAGGUUUUGCGUUAUCUGCCUAUAGUGGAACGAUUCAGACGACUCUUUGCAAAUGUAAAUGAUGCGAAACUAUUGAGGUGGCAUGUUGAAGGAAGAAAAUCAGAUGGGAUGCUUCGACACCCAGCCGACUCACCACAAUGGAGAACCAUUGAUGGAAAGUUUCCGGAAUUCGGCGGAGAACUUAGAAACCUUCGACUUGGCCUUUGUGCAGAUGGCAUGAAUCCGUAA